AUGUGGGUGUCUCAAUUGACCCUUCUGCUGGCCAUCACGGCUGCCCAUGCCGCCCCCUCGCCCGUCAAACAUGUUCUCCAUGAAAAGCGGCAUGCCCCGUCUAUGGACUGGGUCCAGGGUGCUCGGGUCGACGCCCAUGCCAUCCUCCCCAUGCGCAUCGGUCUGGCGCAGAAUAACCUCGAAAAGGGCUAUGACUUUCUGAUGCAGGUCUCCCACCCCGACUCUCCCACGUAUGGCCAACACUGGACGGCAGAUAAGGUGCACGACACCUUCGCCCCAUCCGCUGAGACCGUCGAGGCCGUCCGGGAAUGGCUGUCGUCUGCGGGAAUCCAUGGCUCGCGCGUGGUUCAUUCCGACAACAAGGGCUGGCUGGCGUUUGACGCAUAUGCCCAUGAAGCCGAGAGACUGCUGUUGACCAAGUUUUACGAGCAUGAGCAUUCUCGCAGUGACGGUGUGCGCAUCGGAUGUGAUGGAUAUCACAUCCCCCAACACCUGCAAUCGCACAUCGACUACAUCACUCCCGGCGUGAAGCUGACCCCCGUGGUCAAGAAGCGCACGAAUGUCAAGCGGGCCUCGCAGCUCGCUCACUCCAACGUACACUCGGUCUCCCUUGACUCUUCCUCAUCUCCGUCCGCUGCAGCCAAAGCCCUCCCCUCCGACCUCCAGACCUGCGGCUACAACAUGACCCCUCCGUGCAUCAAGGCCCUGUACUCGAUCCCCGACGCCACCAAAGCAGCAAAAGGCAACUCGCUCGGCCUCUACGAGCAGGGCGACUACUUUGCCAAGUCCGAUCUGGACCUUUACUAUGCACACUUCGCCCCCUGGGUGCCACAGGGGACGUAUCCCACCCCCGCGCUCAUCGACGGAGCCAACUUCUCCGCCCCGGCUGACAGCGCGCUCAACACGGGCGAGUCGGACAUCGACAUCGACAUGGUGUACUCGCUCAUCUACCCGCAGUCCGUGACGCUGUACCAGGUCGACGACCAGCUCUACGAGCCAGAGGAGGUCGCAACCACCAACCUCUUCAACACCUUCCUCGACGCUCUCGACGGG